GCUCACCAAGUGGAGGUUCUUAUCCCGGCUGCGGCUUGCUUAAAAAGCGCGACAUUGCUCUCUCAAAAUCGUGCCCACUGAAGUAUUUUUCUCACUUCGGAACCCGUUCACUGUUGCACUUUUGCAAGUUCAUCUUGAGCUUGUACUUUGGGUGCACUUGAGCCCAGUGCUCUUUUUUUUUUUUUUUCCACUCUCUGAAGACGCUGUAUUUCAAAAAGCGCAUUCAACGAUACGAUACGCCACCUAGCAAACAGUCGCAACGAGUCGUCCAACAUCGCAGUGGCGUCAAAUAUUCAAGGACUGACGAAUUCAAACAUCACCAUGGCGGACGUUCAACCCGCUACCCAUCAAGGCGGUUCUGACAGGGGAGGCAGGGGAGGCAGAGGCAGAGGCAGAGGCAGAGGCAGAGGACGUGGAGGCAGGCCGCGGAGAGGUCAUCAUGGUUCCGAGCGACCAAACACCGGUGGCGAUGCCAGUCAACCAGUGCAAUCCGCCGAAUCCUCAAGGAAUCUCUUGGAAACGGCGAAUGCAAACGUGCCCCCACCAUCGGUGCUUACGCCGGGUGCGCCCUCAGGACAUUCAAGGGAAGAAGGAGAAGGACGAAGGAGGCCAGGAGGUGGAGGAGGUGGACCUCGGCGCGGGAGAGGAGUCUCAUCUGCUCAACGAUCGAUCGUGGUAUCCCAUCGAGGACGGGCACCACCUCCAGCGACAGCGGCGGCUCCGUCCACUGCGGAAGAGCACGACACUGCAUCAGGCGCCGGAUUAAGCGCGGAUGCUCCCGCUUUUGUCCCCGGCCAACCACUUGCAGUCCCAACCCAACAACCUAGAGCUGCCGCCGCGAAACGUCAAAAGGAGCAUCGUCCUGCGCCAUCCAAUACCUCCAAGUCUUCGGCGCCUGAUUUGACCACCCGAAUCCACGAGGAUAUUGCUUCAGGACUUUACGAAUGCGUAAUAUGCACCAACGAGCUGACGCGCAAUACUCGAAUCUGGUCAUGCUCCGUCUGCUGGACUGUCACUCACCUUUCGUGCGUCAAGAAAUGGCAUGCCAACCAAGAGAAAAAUGCGGAGCAGCAGGAGCAAAGUGCUGACCAGCCAUUGUCUUGGAGGUGUCCAGGCUGCAACUCGCAACUUGUCGAGAAGCCCGGACCGGAUCGCUGUUGGUGUAAAAAGGAGAUUGAUCCGAAACCUAUCCCCGGACUGCCUCCUCAUACCUGUGGACAAACAUGUUCCAAGCCUCGGGCUACUUGCCCCCAUCCGUGUUCAUCGAUGUGUCAUGCGGGACCCUGUCCGCCAUGUACAUUGAUGGGGCCUUCUCAGACUUGCUAUUGCGGCAAGCAUACCUCGACGAGACGGUGCAUUGAGACCGAGUAUGGCAAAGGUUUCAGUUGCGAUGCGGUUUGCGGCGAUCUACUCCCAUGUGGAGAGCACUUCUGCUCUCAGACCUGUCACCCUGGGCUGUGCGGAGCUUGCGAGAUUCCUCUCUUGUCGACAUGCUACUGCGGAAAGGAGCAGAAGGAAAUAGCAUGCGAUCAACGCGAUGAGAUCAUGGAUUCUUUCAAUUACGGACAGUUACAAGAUUCCGCAGAGACAGCUGAGUCGGACUCCUGGUUUGAAGGCUCAUUCCGGUGCAGCAGCAUCUGUGGCAGAACUUACGACUGUGGACAUCACACGUGCCAGAAGCCUUGCCAUCCACAAGAUGAAGAUUCGACACACUGCCCGUUCUCUCCCGAUGUGGUCACUCACUGCCCAUGCGGAAAAACCCCAUUAACGUCGUUGCCAGUACCUCCGCGUCAAUCAUGCGAGGACGCGAUACCUCACUGCGAUAAACCUUGCCAGAAGGUUCUUCCUUGCGGCCAUUUGUGUGAGAAGAAAUGCCACAUUGGCCCCUGUGGGAUGUGUUCGAAGGUCGUCGAGAUCUCGUGCCGUUGCGGCAGGACAGAGACCCAGUCAGCCUGUCACCAGGGCACGAUCGAACAUCCAAUGUGCUUCAGGGUUUGCAGGGUUCAACUCAACUGCGGCAGGCAUGAGUGCGGCGAGCGUUGUUGUCCAGGCGAGAAGAAGGCCGCAGAACGACGCAAGAAGAAGAAUCGGGGUCCGAAUGAGAAUUAUGAAGCGGAACACAUCUGUCUUCAGGUUUGUGGCCGCACACUAAAGUGUGGUCAACACACAUGUCAGCAACUUUGCCACAAGGGUCAAUGCCCGUCAUGUGUGGAAGCUGUUUUCGACGAGAUCAGCUGCAGUUGCGGGCGCACUGUCCUCUACCCUCCUCAGCCCUGCGGAACGAGGCCGCCCGAGUGUCGAUUCCCGUGUAGACGGCGCCAGCCAUGUGGUCAUCCUACUGUUCCUCAUUCCUGUCAUCCAGAUGACACUCCUUGUCCGAAGUGUCCAUCAUUGAUGGACAAGCUUUGCAUUUGCGGAAAGGAAAUCAUGAAGAAUCGGCCGUGCUGGAACAACGAAGUUCACUGUGGGCUGCCUUGUGGAAAGAAGCUUAAGUGCGGAUCACAUGUGUGCAAGAAGACAUGCCACAAGCCAGGCGAUUGCGAAGAUGCCGGCAUCCCUGGCUCCCACUGCGCCCAGGCUUGCGGCAAAGUACGCAAGUCUUGCGAACACACUUGCGCAGAUCAAUGUCACGCUCCGUAUCCUUGCAAGGAGGACAAGCCUUGCCAGUCCAAAACCUUCAUCACCUGUCCAUGCCAGAAUCGCAAGCAGGAAGUCCGUUGCAUGGCCACGAUGCUGAGUCCGUCGUCGGCGCGGGAGUCUUCGCUAAAAUGUGACGACGAAUGUCUCCGACUGCAGCGGAACCGCAAGCUAGCCAAUGCCCUCAAGAUCGACGACACCCACACGGACGACCACAUCCCUUACUCCGACAAGACCCUCAAGAUGUUCAAGGAGAACGUCAACUGGUCCCAGACUCAGGAGCGGGAGUUCCGCGUCUUCGCCUCCUCGCCCGACGAGAAGCGUCUCAGAUUUAAGCCCAUGCCCUCCUCCCAACGCGCCUUCCUGCACAGUCUAGCCGAGGACUUCGGCCUCGACUCCGAGAGUCAAGACCCCGAGCCUCAUCGGCACGUCUGCAUCUUCAAGACCCCGCGGUUCGUCGCUGCGCCCUCCAAGACACUUGCGCAGUGCGCCCGUAUCGCCAAGGCCACCGCCAGUCUCCUCAAGCCCGUGGCAGCUGCCCCGGUCGUCGCUUCCCCCAAGCAGGAAGCCUUCAACGCAUUGCUCCUCAAGGAGCCCCGGUUCGGCCUCACCAUCGAGGAAUUAGACCAGGCCCUCGCCGCCGAUAUCAGAAGCGUGGCCAAAUCCGGCUUGACAGCCGUCGGUUUCACCACCAACUUCCUCCCCACGGAGGAAAUCCUGAUCAAAGCCGUGCCUGCUUCUACAGCAGCGGCCAUCGCCAACUCCUCCAUCGCGCCAACACCACAAGCCAUCGAAUCUGCUCUUAUGACGCUCAAAUCCGCCGUGACCAAAACAGUGUCUCUUUUCAAGUUGGCUACCGGCGGUGUGGUGCUCUGCCACGCUGAUGACUCGUUGAAUGUGGUUCGGAGAGAAGCCGAGAAUGGAAGAGGAGGUGCAGGUGGCUGGAAUGCGGUUGCCAGCCGCGGGUCUUGGAGACGGCUUGGAGGCGGUUCUAAGACGUCGACAGCCGAGCCCGAGAAGGCGGCAGCUCCGUUGACGAGGUCAUUUGUUACGCUCAGAAAGAUUAUGGAGAAGAAGCCUGUGGCGGAACUGAAGAAGAGGCCGGAAGUUGUGGAGGAGGAUUGGGAGACUGCUGCAGAGAAGGAGGAGGAACAGGAACAGGAGAAGGAGAAGAGCGGUACAUCGGGAUCUGUGUCUGAAGGAGAAGCAGAAGGACAGUCCAAGAUUGCCAGUGUAGAUGGCGAUGUCCAGGAAGGGAACGGGGUGACAUCGGAUACAGAACAGAGUGUCGGCACUGCUGUGCAUGAAGAAAAGGAACCCGAGCAGUCGUUGGUGGAUGGAGGAAGUUCGUCUGCCUCUGGAGAACAGGUAGAGACCGAAACUGAAAUGGUGACGGCUACGAUGGUUGCUUAGAAGUUAUACACUAGAGCCGCCUGCUUGUAGUGUGUAGGAUCAUUUGAAUUAUUUAGUGAAGGAUCAUUUAGCGAAGGACACGCUCAAAAUAACAUUUUGAUUAUUGUA